AUGGACGCCACUUCAAACACCGCCGAUUCCACUACCGCCGGCCUGAGUGCCGACGAGAUUGCCCUCUACGAUCGGCAAAUCCGCCUCUGGGGUGCGCAGGCGCAGGAGCGCAUCCGCUCCGCCAACAUCCUCCUCAUCUCGCUCCGUGCGCUCGGCACCGAGAUCGCCAAGAACCUGACGCUUGCGGGCAUCAACUCGCUCACGAUUGUCGAUGACAGUCCCAUCACUGAAGAAGAUCUGGGCGCCCAGUACUUUUUGCGAAACGAGGACAUCGGCAAGCCUCGCGCCGACGCAGCCAUCCCACGAAUUCAAGAGCUCAACCCACGCGUAACUGUCAAAUCUGGCGGCAGCCUGCAAAACCUGCUCCUCCAGAAUCAAAACUAUUACACGCCCUUUGACAUCGUGAUCGCCUGUGACCUCGAUUUCAACACAACCUGCAACAUCAAUGAUGCCUGUCACCUCGCUGGCCGGCCCUUCUACGCCGCAGGGAUUCAUGGCUUCUACGGCUACGUUUUCGUCGAUCUCAAAGCCCACGAGUUUGUAGUCGAGAGAGAAAAGUCCAACAAGCCCACUCAACUUGGCCCGGAAUCCGAAACGCGAUCCAUCCUGGCCGUCACCGAUAAGCCCGACGUCCCCUCCAACGGCAAGAAAAUGGAAAUGGUCAAGAAACAAGAACGAUACUGCCCCUUACGGCUCGCCAACACCUCGCCCCUACCCGCGGACACACUCGCCAAUCGCCGCAAACUCAAAUCCGUGCCGCCCCUACUGCCCUGCCUGCGUGCUCUCUUCGAUUUUCAAUCCGCCUACAGCCGCCUGCCCACCCACACCACCCAAGACCUCGGCGUCUUCGCUACGCUCGUCAAUCUCAAAUCACAAGAGCUCACGGUUCCCCCGCUCAGCGCUGACUCUCUCCGCUCCUUCCUUCACAACCUCGGCGCGGAAAUCGUGCCCACCGCGGCAUUCGUGGGAGGCAGACUGAGCGAGGACGUCAUCAACGUGCUGGGCAAGCGUGAGCAGCCCAUUCAGAACUUCGCGCUGUUUGAUGGCGAUGCGAUGGAUGGUAGGAUCUACUGCUUGUAUACCAAGCCGCCGGAGCUGCUGGUGGGACCUGAGUUGAUGGCAAUGGGAAUGGGAGGCAUGCCGAUGCAAGUGGAUCUGGGAGGAGCGAAUGUUGGGAAUGGAGUUGGUAUGACGAUGGGUGGCACGGGAGUCAAUGGAGAUGCAGGGUAUGCUGUGCCGAUGGAGGUGGUGGGUGGUGCUCCUGCGGGUGCGGAGAAUGCGUCGGUGGGCAAUGGGGUCGAUGGAGAGGUGGCUGGAAGUGGUGCAGAUGCUGCGGCUGCGCCUUCGAUUGCAGCGACGAUAAGCGCUCCAACAAGCGCGCCUGCGAACGAGACGGGUGUGACGAACGACGCAUGA